AUGGAAAGCGCGUUACAAGGGGGUCAAACUUUAUCUGACAGGGCUCGAAAUCUGCAUGGCAGCAUGACUGCCAAGGGACCAAGUGCCCUGUUCACACAGCUUGAGUUGAAGGAUUUAAUCAACACAUCAUCUCUUGCAGAUCUUAUGUCCAUAGUUCAGGAACUCUUAGACAAAAACCUUCUGAAGUUGAUAAAGCAGAACAAUGAACUCAAGUUUCAAGCUGUUGACUUUGCCGAAGCUCAGAAAAAGGCUGCCAUGACAGCUGACGAAGCUCUGGUAUAUUCCUACAUCGAGGCAAGUGGACGGGAAGGCAUAUGGACAAAAACCAUUAAGGCAAGGACGAACCUGCAUACACAUGUAGUAUUGAAAUGUCUGAAGUCUCUCGAAUCUCAGCGCUAUGUAAAAAGCGUGAAAAGCGUCAAGUUUCCAACUCGUAAAAUUUAUAUGUUGUACAAUUUGCAACCUUCUAUCGAGGUCACUGGUGGUCCGUGGUUUACUGAUAGCGAACUUGACGUUGAGUUCAUUAACAGCUUGCUAACAAUUGUAUGGCGUUUUGUUGCUGAAAGAACCUACCCUAACGGGUUCAAUAACUUCACAGGUGCAAAAGAGGUUCUUUACGCGUCACACGUCAAUAACUUCGCAUCCACUAACGAUAUUUUGAAUUUCAUAAGCAGCGCCAAAGUCGCCAAUGUCGAGCUUUCUACCACUGACAUACGAUCGCUGUGCCAAGUCCUAGUAUACGAUGACAAGCUUGAGAAGAUCUCCUUCGACUGUUACCGCAUCUCGUUGCUCAGUAUCUUAGAAAUGACACAACCCGAUAAGCAAUCUGCAAAAAUUGCUGAUGAUUCUUUCUCCAUAUUCAGGUGCCGGAAUGCCAUAGCUCCCUCAUCUAAUGAUGAAGAAGCUGUUUACAUAGACGAAUGGACACUGUAG